CAAGGUGUAACUGGAGCGGCUGUUGAGUUGAAUGGAGUUCAACCGACCCAAAGUCUAUGCUGGUUUGUGUAGCUCCAGGGGGAGGGCCUGGAGAUGGAGAGGGAGGACAAGUUGUCCUGAGCACGCUGGAUGAACUCCAGCCUGGGAGGAGUGAACAGAAGCUGGAAGAGCAUGGAGGGCUGUCUUCAACCGACACCACUAACGCAGCCAAGACGGACCCCAGAGCCCCUGCAGGACGAUCUGGAAAGGUUGACUUGUACUCAUUCCACAGCUCCCCAUCUUCAGACAGCGAGGAGGAGGACAAAGGCAAGAAGGAAAAGAAAAAGAAGAAGCUGAAGAAGAGGAAGAAGAAGGAUUCCAGUUCAUCCUCUUCCUCCUCCUCCUCCUCCUCCUCCUCUGACAGCAGCGCUUCAGACAGUGAAGAUGAGAAUAAGAAGAAGAGGAAGAAGAAGAAGAAGGCAAAGAAAGAAGGUUCUGGGGAUACUAUAGUACAUGAUGCAGCCUCCAUAUCUGAGCCGGGGCUUGAAGGCGCCACUGAUCUAAACGACGAGGAAACAAAGAAGAAAGAGGAUAACUCAGGCUCGGACAGUGAAGAGGACAAGAAGAAGAAGAAGAAGAAGAAGAAGAAGAAGGAUUCCAGCUCCUCAUCUUCAUCCUCUGAUAGCUCUUCAUCCUCCUCAUCCUCGGACAGUGACAAGAAGAAGAAGAAGAAGAAGAAAAAGAAGAAGCAAAAGAAAAAGGAUUCUAGAGGUUCUUCUGACAGCGAGGCAGACAAAAAAAAGCAGGGAGAAGAGGCAGAUGGACAGGGCAAGGAUGAGUACAGCUGUGCUGCUGGCGUUUCAACAGCUGGUGAGGAGGGUGCUGGACUGGAGGGUACCCUGGGACAGAAAUUGGGCAAAGGGGAAAAAAAGAAAGACAAAAAGAAGAAGAAAGACAAGAGAACGUACAAGGGCUCUGCGUCUGAGAGUGAUGACGAUGACAAGUGCAAGAAAGACAAAGCAAAGGAGGGUGGUGCAUCAGCAGAAGGGAUUUGUGGCAGAGAUUUUCCUGAAGGAAUGGAAGCUGGAAACCUGAGUGAUGACGAGAGAGAAGGAGGCAAGGAGAAAGAGAAGAAGAAGAAGUUGAAGAAGAAGAAGAAGAAGAAGAAGGACUCUGGCUGUUCAUCAUCCUCUUCAUCCUCGGAAAGCUCUUCCUCUUCAGACAGCGAGGAUGACAAAAAGAAGAAGAAGAAGAAGAAGAAGAAGAAGAAGAAAGCUGAGGAUUCCAGUUCUUCAUCUUCCUCCUCCUCGUCUUCAUCCUCCUCUUCCUCUUCAUCCUCUUCUGAUAGUGAGGAGGAAAAUAAGAAGAAGAAGAAGAAAAAGAAGGAUUCUAGUUCUUCAUCCUCUGACAGCUCCUCCUCCUCUGACAGCGAUGAUGACAAAAAGAAAAAGAAGAAGAUGAAGAAGAAAAAGGAUUCCAGCUCUGAUGAUUCAGAUAGCGAGAAAGACAGGAAGAAGAAGAAGAAGACAAAGAAGAAGAAGACGAAGAAGAAGAAGACGAAGGGUUCCUGCUCAUCAGACAGCGAAGACGAUAAGAAGAAGAAGAAGAAGAAGAAGAAGAAGUAUAAGAAGGACGAUUCUGACAGCGAGGAAGACAAGAAGAAAAAGAAGAAGAAGGACAAGAAGAAAAAGAAGAAGAAGGAUAAGGACUCUGACUGCGAGGAAGACAAGAAGAAGAAGGACAAGAAGAAAAAUAAGAAGAAGGAUAAGCAUAUUUAUAUUUGUGUCCAGGACUCUGACAGCGAGGAAGACAAGAAAAAGAAGAAAAAGAAGGAUUCUGGUUCUGACAGCGAGGAAGAUAAGAAGAAGAAAGACAAGAAGAAGGAUAAGAAGAAAGGCAAGAAGAAGGAUAAGAAGAAAGGCAAGAAGAAGGAUAAGAAGAAGAAGAAGAAGAAAGACAAGAAGAAGAAAAAGGAUGACUCCUCAUCUGGAAGUGAUGAUGAUGAUAAGAAAAAGAAGAAGAAGAAAAAGAAGAAGAAGAAGAAAGAAAAGGGUUCCUCUUCUGGAAGUGAUGAUGAUGAGAAGAAAAAGAAGAAAGACAAGAAGGACUCUUGUUCCGAUGUUGAGGGAGAAUCUAAGAAAAAAACAAAGAAAGAUGACAACAAGAAAGAGGGUGGACCUGGGAAUGAAAAGUGUGGAGAGAUGAAAAAGGAGGGGAAAUAUGUAGGUGGCUUGGUGAUGGGAGGAGGGUGCAUGGAUAGCAAACCAUCUGACGAGGGAUCAGCUAUUCGCCCGAAACCCACCCUGAAGUUGGAGUCUUGGGGGCCGUCGGCAGACGCCAGACCCAACACUCGCUAUGAGUCCCUUUAUAGCACCUCGCACUCUCUCAGUCCCAGGGAGAGCAGCCCCUCCCGCCCGCCACUCAGUCCCUUGGAGGCCCUGAUGCGGAACCCAACCUGGACCAGCGACCGUGACCCAAUGACCGGGAGAGGACCAGCCAGCAGCAGAACCACACUUCUCAAAUCCAGUGAUCUGCUCAGGGGUCCUAAGCCUUAUCAGCCUUAAUUAACAUGGAGAUUGGAAAAGAUAGGCCAAGAUGAUUCAUGCUCAUUACAAUCAGGCUGAAACAUGAUCAAAAAGGAAUUCUGUCAGAAAUAAAUAAAUAAUUUCAAUAGGUA